GCCACGUAUUAAUAGCGUCCAAUCCCUCUCCCGGGUCAGAAAAUAUGAACAUCGUCGCAGCAUUUUAUGCCCAUGGCAAAGAACGGAACGCCUAAAUUUACUUUGGCAUUGCCAGCCACGGCUGCAUAACCACAUUCUAUCGAGAGACUCGAGAGGGGGGGGAAUGCCGCACCUUCGCCAUCAACAUCACCGCCCGCCGCCGCCGCCUCUUCCGUCUCGACCGUCUUCGCAUGUCAUCCACCCACUCGCGUGGACUUCAGACAUGCUGCACUUCUUUAGCAAGCGCAGCUCCAUCGACUCGAACCCGUCGUCAGACGACGGCACGAGCUCCGUCGACGACGCCUCGUCAACCUCCAAGCUGCAGCAGAAGCAGCAGUAUAUGUUCAAGUCGGUGGCCGUGCGCCGCUUGUCCCAACAUCGCCUUCUUCUAGCCGCCGAGCCUCAUCACAAGUCUCGUCUUCCGCCUUCUCACGUCGUCGACGACGACGACACGGGCCUGCCGACUCUAACCUCAUCGUCGUCGCUCCGCAGUACCUUCCUGCUUGACGACGAGUUCCAGCCCACGUCAGUGGACUGGAAUCCGCAUUAUCCGUGGUUUCGCGUGCUCACAGAGAUCGUGGACACGGAAACCAGCUUUGUCGAAACAUUGCAUACGCUGCACCAGGUGUUCAACCAUGUGUUCCACGACACGCACAGGUACACGCACGGGUCGUUGCUGGCGCUUCGGUCGGCGACCGCGGCGCUUCUGACACUCCACACGGACCUGUGCACCGACCUCCGUCGCCCCGCGGACAUGCUGCAUCUACGUCAGGACACGCUCCAUCUCGCCAAUGCGUUUCAAUCGCACCUGCCCUACUUUAAGCUGUACGCCCACUACUGCCUCGCGUACACGGACGUCAGCAGCCUCCUCCUUCGCUUGCAUCAACGAAAGCAACACAAUACAACGCUCAAAAGACAACAACACACGACCCAAGUCGAUGAGUUUCUCGCGGCGAUCACUGCCGCCGCGCACGUACUCCAAGUGGACCUCCAGUCGGAAAUGAUCAAGCCCGUUCAACGGCUGUGUCGGUACCCUCUGCUCAUGUCGGAGCUCCACCACCACGCCAUGUCGCAUGCUGGGUGCUUGACGGACACGCUGGCCAUACUCGUUCGGGAUACCAAAGUCGUCGCUGCUUACGUGAACGACCGCGUCCAAGCCGACACGAACAACGCCAAGUUCUUGCGGUUGAGACGAAAGCUCACCCUCGGAUUUGGAUGCCCCGAGGUGAUGGUGCCCGCUCGGCAGUACGUGACCGAAGCCGCGGUGCACGUCGCGUCCUUGGUGACAGUCGUGCCGUGGAAUAUGUGGACUGCCAAGCCCCAGACCCUCGUGCUGCUCUCAGAUGUGUUGCUGAUCACCAAGCGGCGACGGCAGACACGGUUGCAGGUAGGAAUGUUGGUCGUGAUGAUGGUUGUUCUGCAGAAAGUUGGUAUGAGCAGUUGAAAACGAUUGAUUGAUUGGAGAGAUGAGGCUCAUAUAUGGUGUGCGCUGUGGCUUGAUGUAGGUGACCAAGCUGCUGCCGCUGGUGAUGGUGUCCGUGGAGGAAGUAGAUGUGAUCGAGUUUCCCAAGUGGAGUCGCGCCAAGUGCUUUGUGUUGCGCUACAAGACAGAGAGCGGGUAUGCCAGUGGAGGUACCAUCAUGAUGAUGCAGGGCCACGUCAAGACGUAUGUGGUUGUGUGCGACUGCGAGAAGAAGAAGAUCGAGCUGCUGAGCUUGUUUCGGGAAACGUUGGCCCAAGUCGUGGACGCAAUGGUGAUGCCGCCGCCGCCGUCGGUCCAGCAACCGUUCACAUUGCGCCACACGCGGCUCCCGUCGAGUGUGAGCGCCGUCUAGUUUUGUGAUUGUACUUCGUUUAGGACGUGUACUCUAUUUUGGUGUUGGUCGAUUGCAGAAUGUAUGUACAUCCCUACAGAAUGAUGGUGUCGUGGGGACGACCCAUUUACUACUGUACUAUUAAUAGUUAACCUAGUUACAGUGUAUCAACACCGGUAGUUUCAACUUCGACAGAGUGUAAAGAUGUAGCCCGACCAACAUGCCCACUAACGAUAUAAUACUACGUAGUAAUACAUGCACA